AUGGCUAGCUCCUGGUACUCGGCCCGGCAGCUCAUCCUGCAGUACGGCUUAACCCUCAGUGACCUGGAUUCACACCCAGAGAUUGACCUCGCCAUCGAUGGUGCUGAUGAAGUAGAUGCUGAUCUCAAUCUCAUCAAGGGUAGUGGAGGCUGUUUGACCCAGGAGAAGAUCGUGGCAGGCUACGCCAGUCACUUCAUCGUGAUUGCUGACUUCAGGAAAGACUCAAAGAAUCUCGGAGAUCAAUGGCAUAAGGGAAUUCCCAUCGAGGUCAUCCCAAUGGCUUACGUCCCAGUGAGCCGAGCAGUGACCCGGAAGUUUGGGGGCGAGGUUCAGCUUCGAAUGGCUGUGCACAGGGCGGGUCCUGUGGUGACAGAUAAUGGAAAUUUUAUCCUGGACUGGAAGUUUGACCGUGCACACAAAUGGAGUGAAGUGAACAUCACUAUCAAGAUGAUCCCAGGCGUGGUGGACACAGGCCUGUUCAUCAACAUGGCGGAGAGAGUUUACUUCGGGAUGCAGGACGGCUCCGUGACCAUGCGGGAGAAGCCCUUCUGUUGA